CUUUGGCGCGCAAGAGGCGGGAAGCGGAGCCGCGCCUGCGCGGUCUGGGCAGCGCGUGCUUUCCGCGUGGCUGACGAGGUGGCGUUUCUCGUGUGGGCUCGAGAUAGAGGCGAGAGUCAGUCGCGGGGGGCGGUGAGCGGCGCGAGGCUGCCCCCAGAUCCAGCCCUGCUCUCGCCAUGUCACUGCAAAAAUCUUCCCUCAUUCAUAGCUCCUCAUCCAGCUCUGUGUCCUCCUUGGUACAGCCGCAGGACUCUGGGACCAGUUCCAGCCCCUCUGUGAUGCAGGGGAAUGCAGAGAUGGGAUCUCUGCCAGCUUCUUUGGCUCCAGAUGUCCUGGACCUCAGCAGCAGUGAAGAUGGAAGCAGCUCCAGCUCAGGCAGUGACUUUGAGGACACACUCAAGAAGGGCAGCAAGAGAGGCGCUAGGACCUUCCUUAGCCACACCCUGACAGCCAAGCGACCCCGGAAAUACAUCAGCAGAGAUGGAGAUAGCCUGGUUGAGAAAAACCCAGAGCCUGGCAACCUCUUCGAGGUAGUGAGGCUAGCUAAAAGUGCCAUGGAGUCUGUGGUGGAUGACUGGUUGGAGAGCUACAAGCAGAACAGAGAAGCUGGCUUCCUGGAACUUGUCAACUUCUUCAUCCGUUCCUGUGGCUGCAAAGGUGUGGUGACCAAGGAGAUGUUCAGGAGGCUGCAAAACUCAGAGAUCAUCCAGCAGCUCACGGAGCAGUUUGAUGAGAACUCUGUUGAAUACCCACUGGUCCUGACCAGCCACCCCUGGCGGAAGUUCCGGGUGGGUUUCUGUGAGCUGGUGGCUGUGCUGGUGCGACGCUGCCAAUACAGCAUCAUCUAUGAUGAGUACCUCAUGGACACCCUCAUCUCCCUCCUUACGGGCCUUUCCGACUCCCAGGUGCGCGCCUUCCGCCACACCAGCACCUUCGCAGCCAUGAAGCUGAUGACGGCUCUGGUGAUGGUGGCGUUGGGUGUGAGCCUGCACAAAGACAAUAACCAGCGGCAGUACGAGUCUGAGAGGAGCAAAGGGCCGAGCCGCCGGGCCACAGAGAAGCUUGAGGCCUUGCUGGCUAAGCGUAAGGAACUCCAGGAGCAGCAAGAGGAGAUAGAGAACAUGAUGAAUGCCAUCUUCAAGGGGGUCUUUGUGCAUCGCUACAGGGACCUAGUGCCUGAGAUCCGGGCCAUCUGCAUAGAGGAGUUGGGGAACUGGAUUCAGAACUACAGCGCCUCCUUCCUGACUGACGGCUACCUCAAGUACAUCGGCUGGACCCUGCACGACAAGCAGCGGGAGGUGCGGCUCAAGUGCCUGAAGGCCCUGCAGGGAUUGUACCACAGCCGGGAGAUAGCUGCCCGCAUGGAGCUCUUCACCAGCCGCUUCAAGGGUCGCAUUGUGUCCAUGGUCCUGGACAAAGAGCCAGAUGUGGGCGUGGAGGCCAUCAAGCUGCUGACUCUGAUCUUGCAGAACAUGGAGGAGAUGCUGACAGAUGAGGACUGUGAAGCCGUGUACCCCAUGGUGUACGCUUCCAGCCGGGCUCUGGCUGCCGCCGGCGGGGAAUUCCUUUACAGGAAGCAGUUUGACCGGGAUUGGGAAGCCAGGAAGGAGAAGGGGAACCAUGGGGGGAACAACGAUUUCUUCAGACUGCUGCUGGCUUUCUUCAUUGAGAGUGAGCUCCAUGAGCAUGCUGCGUACCUGGUGGACAGCCUGUGGGACUGUGCAGCCCCACUGCUGAAGGACUGGGAGGGGCUGAGCCAGCUGCUGCUCGAGGAACCCCCAGAGGAGGGUGAGUGGAGGCAGGGAGGCUGUGACAGGGAAGCCCCAGCUGCCUGACACAUGCGCCAGGCCACGGAGGGGAAGCCGCCUGUGGGCAGGAGCCCUGGUAAGAAGGUGCUCUCCAUGCGAGAGCGGAAGGCCCUUGAGGACGACAGGGAGAAACUCUCUCACUACCUGAUCCCUCUGCUACCUCAGCUGCUGGCUAAGUUCUCAGCUGAUGGCGAGAAGGUGGCGCUUCUAUUGCAGGCUCCACACUACUUCACCCUUAGCCUCUACAGCAGUGGGCGGUUGGAGAAGUACCUAGAGCAGCUGCUGGCUCAGCUGCGGGAGGUGGUGGAGAAGCAUACAGGCCAGGAGGUGUUGGAGGCUGCCGCCCGGGCAUUCUAUGUGCUCUGCAACCCAGAAUUCACCUUCUACAGCCGGGUGGACUUGGCCCGCAGCCGCCUUGUGGACAUGCUGGCUGAUAAGUUCCAGCAGGACCUGGUAGAGCUCUUGCAGGCCACAUACCUGGAUGAAGACGAGGUGUACAGCAUGGCAGCCACACUGAAGCGCAUUUCCAUCCUCCACAAUGCUCACGACCUGACCCCGUGGCAGCUGUAUGAGCCCUGUAGCCUCCUGCUCCAGCGAGCUGUGGAUACAGGCGAGAUCCCCAAGCAGGUGGUCAUUCCCACCAUGACCUGUCUCCACUUCAGCAUCCUCUGGGAACUGUCUCGUGUCUCCGGCACCAUCCCUGAACAGAAGCAGCUGCUGGCUCUGAAACGCAAAGUUGCUUCCUUCUGCUCCCUCUGCCAGAGCUGCUUAUCGGAUGUGGACUCCAGUGUCCAAGAGCAGGCCUUUGUGCUGUUGAGUGACUUGCUGCUGCUCUUCAGCCCACAGUUGGCUCGAGGCAAGUGGGCGACAUUGGAGCUGCUGGUGUACCGGCCCGAGGUCACACUGCAGUCUCAGAUGGCCGGAUUCCUUAUGGACCACGUCUUCAGCCACACUGAACUGGCAGGCAGUGAUGAUGAGGACAGUGAGGGGAAGAUUGAAAGGUUGCACCGACGACGGAACCUGCUUGCUGGGUUCUGCAAACUCAUCAUCUACAACGUGCUGGAACUCAAUGCCGCCUCUGACGUCUUCAAGCACUAUGUCAAGUUCUACAAGGACUAUGGGGACAUCAUCAAGGAGACACUAAACCGGGCACGGCAGAUCGACCGGGAUGAAUGGGCCCGCACCCUUCUUCUCAGCCUGCAGCAGCUGAGGACAGAGCUGCUGCUGCAGCAGGGUCCGGGUGCAGGCUUCAGCAAGACCUUCCUAGAGAUCCGAGACCUGGCACGUCGCUUCUCCCUGCUCUUCGGCGUCCACCAGAUGCACAACCGCCAGGCACUGGUUGCCCUGCACAAGGCUGGGAUCAAGUUUGCCUUUCAGGAGCCAGUGCCCUCUGGCUCAGAGCUGGGGCCCCUCAACCUACCCUUCCUGGAGGUGCUGAGCGAAUUCUCCCCUCGCCUGCUGCACCCGGACAAGAAAUUGCUCAUGUCCUACCUGGAGCAGACCUGCCAGGCCAAGUUCUCCCCGCCACUGCAGAGAGGGAAGUCCUGGCAGCCACUCUUGACCUAUCGCCGCUCCCUGAGCCCCCUGGAUAACACAGGCUCUGAAGUCAGCUGCAGUGCAGCCCCCCGGGCUCGGAGGAGACCCAAAUCUGUCGCCAAAAGGAGGCGUCUGGAUGACUCCUCUGGGCAAGCUGAUUCCAGCCUCCAGCUGAGCAGUCACCUGGAAACCCCAAUGCUCACAUCGACGGUGCUGAGAAGGGGGCACUCAGUGGAGCUGCAGGAGGAAGAGGGGUCUGAGUCAGACUUCGUGCAGAGCCAGCCCUGGUUUGGCUCCCAGCGGUCCCGAGAGUCGCCCUGCCAGCAGCAGCUACUUGGCCCCCAGAGAGGCUCACAAGCUGGGCUGGGCACCAGGAUGGACCAACUCAGCCUGAUGGAGGAGGAGGAGAUGGUGAUCCAGGAGGAGAGCAGUGAGGAGGAGGAAUUCAAGGGCCUGGACACACCGCUGAUCCACCUGCACAGCCCCCAGGGUGAGCAGCUCCGGGACCUCUUUGACUCCACCAUCCUUGGCAUUGAGGAUCCCUGACAUGGCUGGAGCAGAUGGGCAUGCAGCCCUCGCCCGGCGUGACCUUAGAGAAUUAUACACUGGGCAGUUGUUCAGUUAUGUUUUCAUUGUUUUCGGCUUAGGCCAUGUUCCUAGUGGAGGUGGGCACCCUGGGGAGUCCAGCUCGCCCUGGACCCUGCUUUGUUGGUGCCCUGGUUAGAAGUUGUUACCGACGUUGGAUGGUUAGUUCUACUCAUAAAUAAAAUUGUUUAUUGCUAGA